AUGCUGGUUUCUUGCUUCACUGAGACGUCGGAUGCGAUCUUCAUGCCCACCAAUCCCACCAAGCAGAUCUCACAGGAGCCCUUUUGUUCCAUUCGCCUCGCUGAAGAUCAUCAGCUCUUCCUUCGGAAUAGUGUUCUGGUGGUGCCAGACUUCUUCACCAAAGAAGAGUGUCACAUCUUCAUGGACGCGGCCGAUCGGAGUGCUUCCGUCGGCAGCGCUGCAGGGAAGUUCUAUUCCAACCAGCCGGGAUUGAACCGUUACCCUGUGCGCAAGUUGGACUUGGAGGCGCAGAUGUUGUCAGACAGUGUCCUGAAGGAUCGUUUGCUGCCCCUACUGCAACGCAGCUCGUUCUGUGAAGAACUCUUUGGUACCUCUCAGCCGAAGGACUUGAAAGCCUUCUUCUCUCCAGGGGAGCCUGCAGUGAACCGGUAUAUCACUGGAGGAGCAAUUGCUCCGCAUAUCGACCGGGAACAGCUGACGCUGAACGUCCUGCUCUCGGAGCCGGGUGCCUUCCAAGGCGGCGGCACAGCCUUUUGGCCUCAGAUCGACGGGAGCUCCCCGACUGAGGUGGAUGACGAGGUGGUGGUGCUACGACCUCUGCAGGGGACAGCCAUCAUGUUCAACGGUCAGGUGACCCAUGCUGGCCGCGCCGUUUCAGCGGGGAUCCGCCAUGCUUACGUGGCGAGUUUCAGCUUGGUGAGCUUGGAGUGA